AAGUUCAUUUGACUUAUAUGUUAUACAGUGUCUAAUUGAAUUUAAUAAAGGUUCUGUGGGUGAAGUACUGUGGAGUGAUAUUUGUAUGAAUAUUUUAGCUAUGUGGUGGGAAAUUCAAUCUUGCAAAAUUUCUUUUUUAGGAAAAUAGGUAUGACAGAUAAAGACACAUCAUGUAUGCAGAGUACAGCAACAAUCGACAGAAGCCAAGAAGUGAAGCCAUUUCACCGGUGUCUUUUAAACUGGACAGACAUCGUUCCAUGUCCCAGAGUCUGACUAAAACAGUUUUAUCAGGGUCUGCAGUAAAUUGGAAAAGUCGUGGUAUUUCACGUCAGAAUGACCGUGAAUUCUCUCAUCAUGAUGGAUUGGUUGACAUGUAUAUUGAAGAUAUUCUACAUACUGGAGAAAAGAUGUACUCACCAAGAAAGAAUACUAACAUCAGAGCCAAGAUGACUGUCUACCAGCUACUUAAACAUGACAUCAAGGUAUGGUAUAGACGGUGGAAAAUUAAAGGUACAGAAAAUCCUAUCUUCAAGUCUUAUAUCAAGUACAUAGAAAGUAAUUUUGGUUCUAGUAUUGGUUCAUUAUUUGUGUUUGUUAGAUGGGUUAUCCUGUUGAACUUGUUCCUGUCAUUGUUCUGGUUGUCAGUGGUUGUCAUACCAACAGCUGUAACAUUUAACUACAACAACAUCUCACAAGAACUAGAAUGGAUGAACUUCAUUGAUGGAGAGGGAGCUGUUAGGGAGAGCUGGCUGUUUUAUGGAGGUUAUCCAGAGGUCAUUGAUGGAGUAUAUCACAUUGCACUGGCCUUUUUAAUGAUGAUCCUGUUGACAUACUUUGGCAGUCUGUUUGUUAUUCUAAAUAAUUUAGGUGGCUCUGAUAGACCAAAGUCAGCUACAUUUUCUUCAAGAUUUAAGUUUUCAUCGAUAAUAUUUUCUUCCUGGGAUCAUGGUGUUACAUCUGUAGAUGCCUCAAAUAAUCUGAGUGUGGGGAUAGCUAGUGUUCUCAAGGAUAAUAUAUCAGAAGACAAAGCUACAGCCAAAUCUAAAAGAAGAAACAGGAGAGAAACAUAUACAAUCAUUAUUAGUAGAAUUCUUGCCUGGGGAAUAACCAUUAUUCUGAUUGGUGGAGGAUGUGCUACCAUUGUUUGGUUGGUCUUGUAUGAGAAGUUUUCUGACAGUAAAAAUUUCCUGAGCGUGUACCUACCAUCUAUAAUCUUCAGUUUGAUCAACAUCAUUAUACCACUGAUUGUUUCUAUGUUACCAGGUUAUGUAGAACACUAUUCAAGUGGCAAAAAAGAACUGCGUAUUACACUGUCGAGAAUCUUUAUCCUAAGAAUGGCUAACUUGUUUGCUCUUAUUGUCACACUCUACAAAAACUCUACUGAAUUAACAGGAGGGUGUACAGGGACUGUGAUUGGACAGGAGUUUUACAAGCUGGUUAUCAUGGAUACACUUGUGCAUGCUGUCGUUAGUACUGCGAUGAGUAUAGCAAAGUAUAAAUAUACCAAAGAGAAAUCAGAGUUUAAUAUUUCAGCAGCUGUACUGGUUCUCAUCUACAGACAGGGAUUAGUUUGGGUAGGAACUAUAGCCUGCCCUUUAAUGCCACUGUUGGGUGCCUUGUCUAGCCUGGUUUUCUUUUUCCUGAAUUAUGCCAUAAUUAAGUAUACAUGUAAACCCCCCAUUAAAAGAUGGAACCAGUCUCGUAACACAGCAUUCAUUAUGGGAUUCCUGCUGACUACUCUGGUAGUAAUAAUAGCACCUGUAUCUGUAGUUGUUGGAAGUCACCAUGUUAUACAGCUUGGCCAGACGUCAAUCCCUGGGAAAUAUUGUGGUCCAUUCAGUGACAAGAAACCAACAGAGGCCUAUGGAAAGUUUAAAAGACAACUAAACUUAGAUUUAUUAAAGGAGGUCCUACAAUGGCUAUCUUCUGAUUCGGUUCUUAUUCCUCUCUUUUUUAUCCUUGUAUCAUUAUUGAGCUUCCAGAGAAAGAUCUUAGCAGGGGAGAAACAGCAUCGACUUCUUCUCCAGGCAGAACUUACUCAUGAAAGAGAAGAUAAUCGACAAAGAAUGAAAAAAAUGCAAGAACUUGGAAUCAUGUGGAACUAAUAACACUUGUGAACCCCCUGAAUUUGAUCAAACAUUGAAUAAUGUAGAAUUGAUGACUUUCUACUGAAGACUUUACACAUACCUUCAUGAACCUGUGUAAUAUUUUUUUAGCUCGCCUGACCUUCUACACAAGUAAGCUAUAGCCAACACUGUGCAUCUGUUGUCCCUUAUCUGUCAUUAUUCUUUCAAAACUUUCUCCUCUGAAACCACUUGAUGAAUUAAAAAAUCAAAAAUGUCUGCUUCAUGUAUAGGAUGUGUAUUAUGACCUUUGUGAUUUUCUCUAAAGCUGAUUAACUAACAUGGCUGCAAUGACUAAAGAUAGAAUAACCUAGUUUAACUGCAGUUAUGGGCUAAUUUCUCCAAAUUAUAGCAAUUAGAUAACUUAUAAAAUCAAAAUGUCUGCACAAAAAGGUCUAUCUACCCUUUCAUUCUUGGAAAUUAAACUUGUUCUCUUUUGGAGUUUUAUAUUGCCCCUAAAAUGUUGAUUUUAUAUGUUAUUUUUAACAGUUCUUAGCCAUUGUUUUGAAAGAUGAUGUAUAAAUUUAAAAUAUGAUCAACAUGACAAAGUUAUUUUAACUUUAAAAUUUUGAGAAAAAUCUGAAGACCCUAUAUCUGAUUCAUUAUAUUUCAUCUGAAAUGAAAGUAAUUUUUGAUUUAAAAUCGGCUUUGAGUAUUGCCGAGGAAGGUAAAUCUAAAAAAAGUAAUUCAGAUGCAUAAAUACAAAGUUAUUUCUUUUCUUUUGAGUUUUUGACUAUAAUCUUUAACAUCUAGAUGCUAGGUUUAAAAUGUAAAAGCAAAACUAAUCGGCAUGACAAGUUGCUUCUACAAGUAUAUCAUUUUACCAAUUUUGAGAUUUUAGUGAAAGCAAUAGUUUUAAAAUGUUAAUUGAAGAUAUUAUCAGCAUGAUUUGAAGUUCUCUAUGCUUAGAAUAAUUUCAAAAUCUCUAAAAAUCUUGAGUUUAUGCCCCAAGAGGUUUGUCUUUGUAGAAAAAUUAUAGCAAGCUCAGGUGAUCCUUUUGCUUUUUAUCAAAAUUGUCAUGGUUGUUGUUUGUUUUCCAUAAUAAAAUUAUUUUCUGUC